ACUUCCUUUCAAGUCAAAAGAUGCCCUCAAAACAAAUAGUAAAAAGAGCAUAGACACGCUUCUCAAAGAUUUUUCGGUUUCACACAGUAAGACACACUAAUACGCACACAGUACAGAAACCGAGCAGAGAAAUGGCAUGCUUGCACGAUCACAGCUGCGAUGAACAUGAUUGCUCCACCGAUUGGUCUCUCUACAAGCACAUAGAUCUCUCCAAGGUAUCCGCACUGAACGAGGCUGUGCCUGGAAGUGUGAAGACAGUAUUUAGAGCUUGGGAGCAGCGUCUUAACUCUUCGGAGGGUAUAUUGGAAAGCAAUGAAGGCGAUCCUGAGUUGAUAGUAUUUAUUCCUUUUACAUCAGAUGUCAAGAUCAAGAGUAUUUCAGUUGUUGGUGGGGCUGAUGGCACAAGUCCUGCAAAGAUAAGAGCAUUCGUCAAUCGGGAGGGCAUCGAUUUUUCAGAUGCUCAGGGCAUGCAACCUGUGCAGGAAUGGGAGUUGGUGGAAAAUUUGCAAGGAGUUUUGGAAUACCAGACAAGAUAUUCAAGAUUUCAAAGUGUUGGAAACAUCACUUUGCAUUUCCCAGAUAAUUUUGGUGGAGAUACUACACAAAUACAUUACAUUGGGUUUAAAGGAGAAGCAACACAGCUGAAGAGGGAUGUUGUUGCAACAAUAGUGUACGAACUCAUGCCGAACCCUUCAGAUCACAAAACACGCUCGGAGACAGGUGGCGGCCUUUCACAGGUGGAAUGAGGUUCUAAUCGUAUAUAGGUAUAGCUUCUUAUUUCGAUGGCUUUUGGUGUAGAUCUAAUUACAUCAUGUGAUAAAGCUCAACGUACCUUGUAAAAGGGCCAUUUUGUUCGGCAGAGCUAUUUCAUAGACUUCCAGUUUCUUUAUGGUUUGGAGGAUCUUAAGAACUUCUAACUCAGUUUCUUUUGCCCUUUUUAUGUUUAUGUAUGUCUAUGAGUG